UAGCAAAGGGGUGGGGGUGGAGAGAGAGGGAAGGAAAGAGGGAGUUCAUUAUUUUGUAAGCUAUGCUUGCUCCCUCCCCUACUUAAAUUUAAGGAGGAAAAAAAAAAAGGAGAGUUGCUAGCUGCUGAUGUCAUCAAAGUGCUAACAUUAAUCACUCACAGCAUCACUGGUACACGCACGAGAGGGAUAUAACAGGGAUGUUCAGGCAGUACACUGUCCAAAGGGAGGCAAGGAAGAGAGUGGAGAAAAGACAUUUUUUCUCCUGUACAUUCUUUGAAAAGCAAAGCAACAGCAUCUUUAGACAAGAUGUUCUCUUGCAUGAAUUUAAGUGGAAGAGACAAAGAAUCCAUGCCACCAGCAGCAUCAGAGAAAAAAACUGAAAGCACCAAGCAAUGAGAAUUCAAGUCCAGAGAAUCUGAGGGGAAGAAUAAGCAAACUGGCAAGCAGAGAUCAGGCAGGAAAUAACUCAUGUGAAAAGGGAGGCAGAAAACUUAGCGUUUAUGUCAUUUUCACAGCAGCGUCACCGUAUGAAAAUUCUGUUCUGAAAUUUCUGUCAGGAAGUGGCGAGCACUACAAUUACAAUCCACACAGCAUCCCCAGUGCUGCAGCUUCUACGUUACCUCCCUGUAAAACGAACAUCUUCCCUUCCCAAAGCAAGAUCGGCAUCGGGAGAGAAGAAAACACCUGAGAAGCAUCCUGAUGGGAAUAACCGUCCAAAACAUCACAGGAAACACAGCAAUGGUAAUUUGGCCAAAAAUGGCCAGCUGUGCCGACAGCUUUUACAGCAUCAUGUACCACCCUAACUGGAACAGCAUGCUAUCCAGUUACUCGAGAAAGAACUUUCAGAAGGAAGAGAGGGUGCCCACCAGCCGUUCCUCCUUUGUUGUUGAAAACCUAACUCCGCUAACAACGUACAUUGUGUGCGUGACCUGCCAGUCUGCAAACCCCUCCAGUGACCAGUGCAGAGUUUUUAACACACUGGAACGAGACCCAGCAUCUGCUAGCAACACCAAGAAAGAGCUGGCACUGGGCAUCUGGCUCACCAGCAGCAUUCUGCUCCUCAUCAUUGCUGCAGUCCUCCUGUAUGGCUGCCUGCACCUUGUGUGCCGCAGGAGACGUGAGCACUUGCAAGGGCCGAAUGGGACCUCCAAGCAAGACCACGGGAAAGUGUGGACCAAAAGCGCAGCAUACGCCUUGGAGGAGCUCAGCAGGCAGAGCCAACUGAUGCAGGACACUGAGGAAAAGCAUCCAAGUGACAUCCAGCUAGCCACAAUCAUAGAGAAUCCUUCAGUGUGCAAGGAGCCUCCCAUGCCGACUUCCAAAAGCCAGGAACAAGUGCCAAUGACUGGACAGUGCUCUGCUAUAAAUUAGAAACCUUUUGUCAGGGAGGAGAUUUUUGCUGCCUUGACAUCCCAACUGCUUCAAACUCAUCAUGUGCAUUGUCAGCGUUCAUAAUGGGCAGCUCCAACUGCUCACUGCAGUACUCCUGGCUGUACCUCUGGUGUCACAUCUAUUUCCAACAGCCUAUACACAGCCAGGUACUCAGAGACAGAGGUUCAGAUGCCCAAGAAGUGAGAACUUCAGCCACACUCUUAUUUAAAAAUGAAGCAUGUAGCAAGUAAUUGAUUUACAUUUCAAGGGUUUGGGUUUUUUUUGGCUGCUUUCGUUAGUCUAAAACUGCAAAUAAAUAUGAGAAUUAAUCAAAAGUGACCAAGAGACUUUUUUGGUUUUUACUAGCAUAAACAAAGCUGAGUAGAAGUUUUCAGAUGGCAACCCAGAGUGCUACAUUAUGGGUAACUGGAAUGUACGAUCGAAGUGCAGUGGUUUUCCAGAGUGAAUUCUACUCCCACAAUCCUGACUGCUUCUCAAACUACACACUACAAACUACCACACUCAGACAACGCACUUUGCUGACCAUGGUGUUCUCCAUAGCUCCCAUGUGAAUGAGGUCAGUCUCAGGACGUAAGCCAAACUCACCUGGAUUUCUGUCUGAAAAUUCCCUUUGGCCUAAAAACAUGUGCAAGAUAACAACUCUGUAAGGACACUUCCAAUGAAACUAAGGUAAUAUUCUGGGUUAUUGUAUUUUGCACUCUUCUGCACCCACCACGAGCUACCUUCUGCUUCACGGGCAAGUAACUCCCUGUAGAGAAAAUGGAGUUCAGAGAACCGAAGUCCUGGCCCUUCCUUCCCUCUUUCCCUUUCAGUUUUAAUGAUAAAAAUCAUUCACCAGCUACAAAUUUCUGUCCAACCACUCAGUACGUUGUGUAAUGAAGGUAGCAAGGAAGUAAAAACUUGCCAAAACACAUUUUAAUAUUAUAACAAGAAAAUCUGAUGUUCAUUUCACUCUCCCUUGAGCUUCACAGCAAAGUACCAAGAAAGGCCCUUUGAACAGAAAUCUGUUCACCCUCACAACAUGACAAGUCUUACCUGGCUUACACGUAUAAGUCACCCUGUUUUAAAUCUCUUAAGUGCAUUUGUGUUGCAUAAAACCGUAAUAAAUCUUAAGUAUUGCUGUAUA